UUGCUUUUUAGGUCUGGCUCCUCUUUUAUUUGACCAUCACCCUCUGAAGCACCAAGAAUCUCAUCUCAUCUCUCCAAAAAACCCCGACUACAGCCAGAUCUGAAUAGACCCAGCUGAGCAAGACUAUUAUCCUCAAUGACGAUGGGCUCUGGAGGAUCCAGUGUUGUUGUUCCUCGAAACUUCAGACUGCUGGAGGAACUUGAACGUGGGGAAAAGGGAAUUGGAGAUGGUACGGUUAGCUAUGGAAUGGAUGACGGAGAUGAUAUUUACAUGCGUUCUUGGACUGGUACUAUAAUUGGUCCUCACAAUUCCGUGCAUGAGGGUCGCAUUUAUCAGUUGAAGCUGUUCUGUGAUAAAGAUUAUCCAGAGAAGCCUCCAAGUGUUCGCUUCCAUUCAAGGGUCAACAUGACUUGUGUGAACCAUGAGACUGGAGUGGUAGAAUCAAAGAAGUUUGGAAUGCUUGCAAAUUGGCAGCGGGAGUACACCAUGGAAGACAUACUGACGCAGCUGAAAAAAGAAAUGGCUGCUCCCCACAACCGGAAACUGGUUCAGCCUCCCGAGGGUACCUUCUUCUAGUUGAAGAUAAAAAAAAUGAAUAGUUAGACUGCAACAAAUAUAUACCAAUAUAGUUUGUAAUUCUGUGUUGGUCCUAUGAGUCAAAAGGAGGAUCCAGAACACCUUGAAGCUUUUCAUUAUUCCCUCCCUGUGUCAUCCCUGUUUCUUGUCUUCCUUUAUCGAACUGUGUUCGGGGAUGCUGUUUGAUGGAUGUCAUUGCUUGUGUCAUAUUGAAAAUAUACUUCUAACUAAAAUUGUGGAUUUAGUGUUUGUGUUUUAUCUCA